AUGGCUCUGCGCGUGAGCUCUGCGGCGCGUCAGAUUGACACGCUCGGCCAUCUGUGUCGCCUGCGCCAACCGUUGUCUGGCGCCUCCUCGACCAGCUUUGGAAAGCAGCGAUACCUGCAUAGCAUAGGUCCUGGACUAGAAUAUUCAAAGCGCCCAACCUUGCGAGCUUCUACGCGGCUCCCUCACAGCUUCAGAAACAUUUCAGGCGAACAAAAGGCCAGAGAUCUCAAUCAGCAGGGGAUUGACGAUGCCCUCUCCGACUUUGACACUGCUGUGGCUCAAGAGCACGAGAAGCAAGACCGCACACCAUGGCACCGACAAGGCGCCGAGGAACCUCCAGUUCGAAAACAACGCUCAGCAGGAGCCAUGACCAAAGGCAAACUACUGACCACACCUUCGAGACUGCUCAAGCUUGUACUCCCUCUUACUACGGUAGACCAAAACUCCGAUCGCAAAGAUGUCGCCCCUCUUGCUCUAUUAAUCCAUCCUCAACAACCGCUCUCCUACCUCGAACGCCUGAUCCAAUCCGAACUACCCAGCAUCACCAAUGAAAAGGGGGAAGGCAGACUACCGAAGGUGGGCUUUCGAGCCAUGGAGUCCAAGGACGACGAGAUCAAAGGGUCCAAGAAGACACCCGAAGAGCAGGACGAAGGACUCGACACCUCCGAAGAGCCUCCUGCCGGUGGCGGCGUUGAGACAUACAGCGGCGCCGGCCGCGAAGGCACAGGCAAGGACGAGGGCGAAUUCGUUCGAUGGAGCCUGUCCACUGAGAUUGGCGACUUCAUCCGUGACGCGGCGAGAGCCAAGGAAUUCGAGGUCGAGAUCGAAGGGAGCCCCAGGCCAAUCAAGGUCGCCGUCCCUUCAUUCAAUGACAGAACCUUCUACUUGCGGCAAAGGCUACGCAGGGUCUCAAGGCAGAUUUCCGACCUGGCCGCGAUCAAGAAAGAAUGCGACGAAGCCGCCCACAAAAGCGGUCAGAGGAUCGCCAUGUCCGGAUGUGGUCUAUUGAUCGGUUACUGGUAUCUCGUGUAUCGAUUAACGUUUAAAACAGACCUCGGAUGGGACGUUAUGGAGCCGAUAACCUAUCUUAUCGGCUUAUCGGGCCUUAUCGGUGGUUAUAUGUGGUUUUUAUACCAUAAUAGAGAGGUUUCGUAUCGGUCGGCAUUGAAUAUUACGGUAAGCCGCCGUCAGAACCGCUUGUACGAGGCCAAGGGCUUCAAUGUGAAGCAAUGGGAGGCCCUGAUCGAGGAGGCCAACGCUAUCAGGAGAGAGAUUAAGGCCGUGGCCGCAGAAUACGACGUGGAUUGGGAUGAGACGGCUGACGAGCACGAUGAAGAGGUCACGAAAGCAUUGAGGGAGGAUCGGAAGAACUCCAAUGGCAAAUCGAAGUCAAAGAGCAAGGACGAGGCUGAAGAUGAUGACGAUUAA